UGCCACAGGAAAUGGUUUUGCGGAGUAUUGUGUGAAUGUGCUGAGUCGGCAAUUGUAGUUUGAACGGAUAUUUCGUAGAUCAAAGUCCUCAAGAAGAGGUUAUAAUCAAUCGAUUGGCAUAUUUAUACGAGAAACUAAUAAUAUUCGUCUGUUUAAGACAGGUGGCAUCGACGAAGUGACAACGGUUUGGAAUAAAAUCUCAACUAUAUCGUUGAUCACUUUGAGAUAUGCGAAGUAUUUAUUGAUGUUUGUUCCAUAAUGAAGUAUACAAUCUUUAUAUGGAUGGUCAUGGCUGUCGUGAUUUCUUCCAAACCGUGUGAAGAAGGAUCUUAUGAAAGCGUCGAUGCAGGAGGUUGCGUGAAAUGUAAAGGUAAAUGUGAUGAUCAACACGAAGAAGACAAAGCAAGUUGUAAAAGGCAUGUGAAAGAACAUCAUCCAGUGCCCCCACUCCAACUUCUUUUACUCCGACAAUUUCGUCUUCGUAUCAACUCAUUUCAACCAUGGCACCUUCGAAGGAAAACGCAAAGAACAACUUAGGACUCGUGCUUGGCCUAAGUUUAGGAAUAGGUCUCGUUUUGAUCGUGGCUAUCUUAGCUAUUGCGUACUACAGUCGCUUGUGCUCAAGAACGGUUAUUACUUCGGGGGAAUACGAAAUGGCCAUGGUGUCUCAGCCUGUACCAAGAGAAAGCAGUUCUACACCUCAUGGUGAUGAAGAAAUUAGAGUGAACAGACCUGUACCAAGGUAAACUAUGAAGAAGAGCAUGAAGUUAAACUCAUUGUUAAGUCGUAUUGUAUGUUUAGAGAAAGCAGUUCUACACCUCAUGGUGAUGAAGAAAUUAGAGUGAACAGACCUGUUGCUCAAGAAGAGCAAAAUGAAAAACACAGACUUGUUCGGGCAAGACAAGAAGAAAAUGAAAACUCUGAAUAAUGAGAAAGUGGGAGAAGGACUGGGGAGAAGUUUAAGUGUCAAAGUCAGUAAAAAGAAAAAUCGAAAUUUUAUUGUGGUCUUGUGAAUUGGUGUACCAGUCACUUUGGUCAAUUGGAUUUUUGGUUCUUUUGUUUUGUUUUGUUUUGUGUUUGCUUGUAUCCAGACAAGGUUUGGUGUUUUUCAAAUCUGCCCUGACUUUUAACUUAUUUAUUGAAUUCACUUAAAAGGCCGAAGACAGACGUUUUGUUAUAUUUACUAUUUAAUGUAUAAUUACUAAAGUUUAAUGCUGUACAGUAAUGAUUGUCUGUGAAUAUGAAAGUACAGGGUGUAGUUAGUUUAUUGCAAAAACGCAAUAUCCAAAGUUUUUUCUGUUAUUUCACCUUUAUUCAUCAGAAGAAAUACUUCAUAUAGACUUGACAAUUGCGUCGAAAUUGCUUCGCACGUGGCAAUUUAUAACGUUAUUUAACACGUUAUUAACUCAUCGGCACGCGAACUCUCACGUUUUGAUCUUCUCCCAAUUGCAUAAAACCUGUCUGAACCAUCUAUUUUAACCAGACAAGAAUGUUAAUCAUUGGCAAUUACACAUGGAACACCGGAAAUCUCUAAAUAAUAUUCGUGUGUUUGUUGUUGUGAAACGCAUUUCACUUUGUUCUUUGGCAGCGAUGGAACUAAAUUUUUGUCUUAGUAUUUUCUUUUAUAGCGUUUUCGUAUGUGUCGCUAUAGCAUGCCCAGAUGGCUUCUAUUACAGUGUGGAUACUUCUGGUUGUGUUAAAUGCAAAGGAAAAUGUUCUGAUCAGUUUGAAGACGACAAAGAAAGAUGCCGAAUGAAAUGCGAGACAAAUCUAACGACGCCGGCUUCUACUUCUACCUUGGCUUCAUCAACAUCUUUGCCGAUAACUAAUGGCUCCAUAAAGCAACCUUCAUUGUUGCCAUUACCAUCAAAAAAAAAUUCAACGAGCAACUACGCUCUCGUGGUUGGGCUCAGUUGUGUAGGAGGUCUGGUGGUGGUCGUUGUGUGUCUGAUAUUUGUUGCUUAUUUUUGCGGAUGGAUGCCGUGCGCAAAACAGGAAGCGAGCACUAAGAUAAGUGUAGAUGUCAAGAGUUGUAUGGAAGCUAAGAGCCAGAAAACAGUUAUGGAUCCACGUGAUAAAACAUUUGCUCGUCAAGAAAAUGGAAGAGAUGCGCUUAUUAACCUUGUCAGUAAUAGAUACAAUUCAAUACUUCCUUUGCAAGAAAACUCAAAAACAGCCGGACUGGGGUGACUCAAAAAAUGGACGGCGAUAAAGAAAGAUAACAAACAUAUGAAAAAGCUUUUUCACUUUAACGGUUCAGUUGUAAAAAUAUUUUAUGAAGAUAUAAGAAGGCUUUAUCACUACGGUUAUGAAGAUAUUUAAUGCAUGUAUGAAAAAGUUUCUUCACUUUUA